GAAAUAGUUUUCUUUCUCGUUGUCAGACAUGUAUUUCGUUUCUGGUAAAGAAUGCGCAUAGAUGGAAACUUUCUUGGAAUGGAACAACUCCCCGCGAGAUUUGAGGAGUUUAGUUGAGCAAAUGCCACGUCUGACAAGCAUCAACGCAUACGUAAUUAUCAACACGUUUCCUUCCCAGGACACAACGUUAUUUAGUGGCAAAACAAGCCGAUAAAUCUGACAGUACUUGGUUCUAAUAUGGGCAUCUUACGUCUGUUGACACUGACACUGGCUGCAUCUGCUGUACUGCUGUUAGCCUUUCAAUUGGCCAUAGCUCAUAGCCAUUCCCAUGGCGACCACGGGCACAGCCAUGAUCACCAUGGCCACUCACACGGGGAGGAUGAUGAACAUUCCCACGGCCCUCAGAUGAAGAUGUUCCACGGAACUAGCAAGUGGAGCGCUGAGGCCAACCUACCUAACCCCAAAGAGGAGCAUCAUGGGCACGCACAUUCACAUGAUCACGGGCACGCACACGAUCACGGGCACGCACAUUCCCACGAUCACGGGCACGCACACGAUCACGGGCACGCACAUUCCCACGAUCACGGGCACGCACGUUCUCACGGACAUGGACACUCGCAUGGAGCAGAGAAAGUAAAGAAGGAAGCAGAUGGAGGGAGGAGGGACUUGGUGGAGCUCUGGACACAGGCUGUCGGAGCCACCCUGUUGAUCAGCGCGGCUCCUUUCCUCAUCCUGUUUCUGAUCCCAGUCCAGUCCAAAAGCGACCAGCACCAGAACCUGCUCAAGGUGCUGCUGAGCUUCGCCUCUGGUGGACUGCUGGGUGACGCCUUCCUGCACCUCAUACCACACGCUCUUGAGCCUCAUUCCCAUCACGGAGAUGAUGAACACUCUCAAGCAAGUGAAGAGUCACACGACCACGGUCACUCCCAUGGAGCUGCCCAUGGUCACAUGAUGUCUGUUGGUCUGUGGGUUCUCGGGGGAAUCAUCGCCUUCCUGGUUGUCGAAAAAUUUGUGCGUCUGGUGAAGGGAGGCCACGGACAUUCCCACAGCCACUCCCAUGCGGCUGCCAAAGAAAAGGACAGUGAUGGGGAGGAUGAAAAGGAAAAUAAGACAAAAGAGAAGAAACAAAACAAAGAUGCAAAGUUGCCAGAGACAGAGGAAACAAAGGGCACAGAAAUCAAGGUGUCUGGUUAUCUGAACCUAGCAGCUGACUUCACACAUAACUUCACUGAUGGUCUGGCAAUCGGAGCAUCAUUCCUGGUCAGUCCAGCUGUGGGCACUGUCACCACUCUGACCAUCCUGCUUCAUGAGGUCCCACAUGAGAUCGGGGAUUUUGCCAUCCUUGUGCAGUCUGGCUGCACUAAAAAGAAGGCCAUGUGUCUACAGCUGCUGACCGCGGUGGGAGCUGUGGCUGGGACGGCGUGCUCCCUUCUGGCUGAAGGAGUGGGUGCCACGGCGACAGCCUGGAUCUUACCCUUCACAGCCGGUGGGUUUGUUUACAUCGCCACGGUGACGGUGCUCCCUGAGCUGCUGGUGGGCCGCUCCAGUUUCGGGCAGUCUCUGAUGGAGAUUCUGGCGCUGCUGUUCGGAGUCGGCAUGAUGGUUCUGAUCGCAGAAUACGAGUGAAGCGCUUGUUCACAACGGACAGCUCAAGAUGAGGAAGAAGAGACAGUGAUAGGGAAAAAAACUAUUUUAAGCAGGAUUUAAAUGGAUUUAUUUUUAUUCCAGUUAUCUUUAUUUCAUCAGGUUACAUUUUUUCAUGUUUUGUGGACUGGAAAGAAAUGAAUGUAUAAAAACUCUGACCAGGAUAAGGAGUUGUGGACCACUUCUAAUAAAACAACCAUCCAACUGCAGUGUGACGAGGAGCAGAGAGAAGGAUGUCCAUUCUACAGUGACCUGCACAGAUGUCCAAGUUUAAAAUCUUUUUGUUUCAUGAUACUGAAUGCUACCAUUUUUUUACAUUCCACACAAGAAAUGUCGCUUCUGUUGAUGUGAUCAAACUGCAUUGUGUUUUUAUUUGAUUUAAUUUCCUUAAAUAUUUUUCGAUAACUUGUUUUCCUGAGAUGAAUGUUGCUGGAUGUCCCCAAAUAAAGAAUAAUUACGA